GCCGAGGCACUGCUCGCUCCCUUCCCUCCGCGCUGGGGUCUCACUCAAGCGGCGCGAGGCGAUCCACGCCCCUCUGUGGCGGCUUGUGUUUGUUUCGCCUCCUGCUUAAAAAGACGCCAACCUCCCUGCCGAGCAGGUUUGCCUGCUAGUAAGCAGGCUCCGCCCCCGCGAGGGCUUGAUUCGUCUAGCACUUACCCGGAGAAUGUGUGGAGCAACCUGAUGAGCUUAUUGGCCAGGCUGCACGGUCCUGUUCGAGUCGAACCCUACCUGGCUGGGGGGUUGUCGCCUCUCGCGCCUACCUGCUGGGGGGACCCCGGGAUUGCAGAGUAACUCCUGGAGAAUCACUUGUAAGACGAGCAGAGGAGAGAGACUUAACGCCCAUGGAUUCGCAGAGGCGGCCCUCCUGCCCGUGGUCUCUGUGCAGUCCCUGCAGCAGGGUGAGGCUUCAGCUUCUGCUUCUCUUAUUGUCAGUGCGUUGGGGGAACGGUGCUGAUAAGGCUGAUGAUGAAGAUGACGAAGAUCUAACAGUGAACAAAACGUGGGUACUUGCACCAAAGAUUCAUGGUGGAGAUGUCACUCACAUAUUGGACUCCUUACUUCAAGGCUAUGACAGUAAACUUCGGCCUGACAUUGGAGUGAGAACUACAGUAAUUGAAACAGAUGUCUAUGUUAACAGCAUUGGCCCAGUUGAUCCAAUCAAUAUGGAAUACACCAUAGAUAUAAUUUUUGCCCAGACUUGGUAUGACAGUCGCCUGAAAUUUAACAGCUCAAUGAAAGUGCUUAUGCUCAAUAGCAAUAUGGUUGGAAAAAUUUGGAUUCCAGACACUUUCUUCCGGAACUCAAGAAAAUCUGAUGCUCAUUGGAUUACAACUCCAAAUCGUUUGCUUCGAAUCUGGAGUGAUGGACGAGUGUUAUAUACUCUGAGGUUGACAAUUAACGCUGAAUGUUAUCUUCAGCUUCAUAACUUUCCUAUGGAUGAGCAUUCCUGUCCUCUGGAGUUUUCAAGCUAUGGAUACCCCAGAAAUGAAAUUGAAUACAAAUGGAAGAAAACCUCUGUUGAAGUUGCAGAUCCCAAAUACUGGAGAUUGUAUCAGUUUGCAUUUGUAGGAUUACGAAAUACAACUGAAAUUUCCCAUACUAUGUCUGGGGACUAUAUAAUCAUGACAAUCUUCUUUGAUCUGAGCAGACGCAUGGGAUACUUUACUAUUCAGACAUACAUUCCUUGUAUAUUAACAGUUGUUCUUUCAUGGGUCUCAUUUUGGAUUAAUAAAGAUGCUGUGCCUGCAAGGACAUCAUUAGGUAUUACUACAGUAUUGACUAUGACAACACUAAGUACAAUUGCUAGGAAAUCUCUUCCCAAGGUUUCGUAUGUGACAGCAAUGGACCUUUUUGUUUCAGUUUGCUUCAUUUUUGUGUUUGCUGCCUUGAUGGAAUAUGGAACCUUGCAUUACUUCACUAGCAACAAAAAAGGGAGCAAGGAGAAAGAAAAGGCAUCAAAGCACAAGCCAGCUAAAUCGUCUGCAAUUGCUGUUCGUCCUGGAUCAACAUUAAUACCAAUUAACAACACUAAUCACCUCCAACAACGCAAUGAGGAUUAUGGAUAUGAGUGCCUGGAAGGCAAAGACUGCACCAGCUUUUUUUGUUGUUUUGAAGACUGCCGCACAGGUUCUUGGAGAGAAGGAAGAAUACACAUACGUGUUGCCAAAAUUGAUUCCUAUUCUCGGAUCUUCUUUCCAACAGCCUUUGCUUUGUUUAAUCUUGUUUAUUGGAUUGGCUAUCUUUACCUGUAAAUUUCUGAGAUUUGACAAACUCAGAAAAGGCAUAACUCAACAUUGAUACUGUUUAAUGUACCUCAGUGAACAAUAUAAAAUUAGAGCUAGUCAAAAUUUCUGAAAUUUUGGAUGAAAUUUGAAAAUGUGGGAAAAAAAUUAAAGGAAAUAAAAUGACACUUUCAAACUUUUCCCUCUCUAAUUAUAUUAUAUUUUAAGAUUUGAAACUAGAGGUAAAAAUUUUUUAAAAAUAAAUCCUGUCUUUUGUCCAGCUCUAACAAAAUGCAGAGAAACCAGUGGUUAAAUGGCUGAAUCUGGAACCUCUUUAUAACUUCUAAAUUUUGUUUUUUUUAAAUGGAACCACAGCUAAACAUUAUAGCAUUUCUUACACCAAAGUUAACAAAGCCUUAAUAAAACAGGUGUAGCAGCACCGUUAUUGGACCAGUCUCAUAUCUACCUUUUCUACCACAGAGUGACUUUUAAAAAUAAAACUAAACUUUUAUAAAUGGAUGUUUUAAAGAGGUUGGCAUGGAAUAUUUGUCUGGUCCAUUUAACCAUUUGUCCUCCGCAUAAUACUGGUGACAAGUAUGUAUACAUCUGAAUGCAGUUCAUUUUCGCUUAAUGAAAGCAGUACAAAACUGACGUGUUACAUGAAGGGAAUAAUAAUUCUGAACUGGUGUGAUUCUGACCAUCACAUAAGUACUGUGCUUAAAACUUUAGUUAGAUUUAUGCUUACAUUUUUCCCUUUAUUAUUUAGUUCUUGGUAGUUUUCUGAGGUUCUGAAGAAUUGGCCAGAUCUGCAGAGAUCCUUAACUAGUGUAAAUUGGUGCAGCUCUGCUGUUUUAAAGAGAAUCUUCUACUUUAUACCACAACAGGAUCUGAUCUUUGAGCAUAGUGCUUCUCCUUCCUCUCUCCUGCUCUCUACUCACAACCAGUCUCAUACAUUUAAAUGGGACUAUCUAGGGUUGUGAUAACCAUUGUACUCAGCAAAGUUUUCAGGACUGGGGACCAGCUAUUGUUCUCUCCAGCUUUACCAUUACUGAAGUCAUUCUUUCAGGGACAUUGCUUUCAAAUUCUGGCCCUCAGAAAACUUCUUCCUUCACUUCCUAAGAAAUCCAUAUUGUUCACAGGUUAAUCCAAAAUGGUACCGCUUCUAUUGAUUCACUUGGUCUCUGUCUCUGUCUGAGCCCAAUAUUAAAUAGCAGCAGUCCUUGUACACCUGUAAUAUGAAUUGAUUCAUAAUGGCCAUUGUAAUCUUUAGAAAUGUCUGUCAGAAAACUAAUCUAUGUAUUUCAGAUUAUUCUCCAUGGUGUGACACAUGCCUAAAAAUCACAAGACCCCAUCAUGCAACCCCUCCUCACUCAGAUGUUACAUUGAUAUUAGUAGAUGUUAUGCAAGUGGUGGACUUUUCAGACUCAGCUCAUGCUUGUUGAAUUUUGCUAGCAAAAUCAAUUAGCACUUUUGUAUCACAAAUCAUUUUGUCUUCACUGCAGAAAAGUAUACACUUUCCUACUUUCUGUCCUCUCAUAGACAAUGAAACUUGUCUCAAGAGAAACUACAAAAAUGAACUGCAAAAUCGAGUAAUUUCUUAACUAAAAGUCAAACAAAAGAGUCAAUGAAGACAAUUUAAGGGGGAUUUAUUGGAGCAGAGUUGACUGCUGGAAAAGGGUCAUGGUGCAGAUUGCACUGUACUGGAGGCUAUCUCCACAAACUAUUAAGAAAAUAACUAAUAAUCUUGAAGUAGACAAAAAUGUAUCAUUUUAAAGGAGGAAGACCCUAGAGUUCUAUUGAAUAUCAUCCCUUCUCUGGAUUUGUCUCAGAAAUAUAACUUUUCCUUACAGUAGCUGUUUCUAGGAACAAUAUCAUUGGAUGUGCAUUUGUAUCAUGUGAUGUGGACAAAUUGGAGAAGAUCCAGAGAAGAACAACAGAAAUUAUUAAAGGUCUAAAAAAC